UCCCGUCGUGCCCCGCGCUGCCCGCGCCGGCGGCGGCCGCGGCAGGCCCCAGCAUGGGGCUGAAGCCCUGGCAGAAGGCUCUGUUCCCGCUGCGCUCCGUGGCCGCCGUGGUCCGUCUCUUCGAGGCCGAGCUGCGCCAGCCCGAGCCCGACCUGGUGCUGCUCUCGCUGGUGCUGGGCUUCGUGGAGCAUUUCCUGGCCGUCAACCGAGUCCUCCCCACCAACGUCCCGGGGCUCACCUUCGAAUCGCGGCCGGGGCCGGACCCCCAGACCCGGCUGUACUUCCCGGUGGCCGAGCUGUCCAUCGUGGCCGCGCUGUACGCGCGCUUCACGGCGCAGAUCCGCGGCGCCGUGGACCUGUCGCUGUACCCCCGGCCCGACGGCUGCUCCUCGCGGGAGCUGGUCCGGAAAGUGUCCGACGUCAUCUGGAACAGCCUCAGCCGCUCCUACUUCAAGGACAGGGCGCACAUCCAGUCCUUGUUCAGCUUCAUCACGG